UCGUCCAGCAUGGCCGCGCUGUAUGAGGGAUACACGUUGUGCGGACUGGUUCCAGCUCAAAAUCUGUCAAAUUCAGGCAUUCAGGGGAUCGAAGUGGAGAGAGACACCGACCAUGUUGUGGUCACCGACUCAACCAGAUCAGUGACAUUGUACAAGGUUUCUGACCAGAAGCCACUGGGCAGCUGGACUGUGAAACAAGAGCAGACUCUGACCUGUCCAGUAGUUUACAACUCACAGACAAAGGAAUAUGUGGCAGUCUCAGACAACAAGGUGGUCCGGAUUUGGAAAGAAGAUGAUAUACUUUUGGAUAAAGCCUUCAGAGCAACUGUAUCAUCAAAUGUGUGGAGGGUGCACACUGUAGUCGAAGGAGAGCCUAUAGUUGUGUUCCAGAAAGGAGCUGUGAGACUCCUGGACUCUCUCCUGUCUGCACCCCAGCAAAACAUAGAGGAGGUUUUCUCUCAAGAUGAAGCCAUCAGGUGGAGCACAUACAUAUUGGCAGAGACACAGCAGUUUGUCAUCUGUGCUACUGAACUGAAGGGAGAUCAUUUCCUGUACCUGCAGAGAUUGAAUCCCAACAGCCUCCAGAGGUACCGACUGGAGAGGGAGGAACCUGGCCUCUCCCCUCUCAGCUUCUCUGCCUCCUACAGGGACAAACAAAUCUGCCUGCUUUACCUCUAUCCCAACGGUCAUGUGUACCAGAGUGUCGUGUCUGUUCGAGGCCUGGGAGCUGGUGACGGAGUCCAGGCGGUUCCUCUGCCCCGGAGCUUGGUCCUGAGUCUUCCUGUGGGGGAAGGCAUGCUGGAAACGGCAUCAGCCCUGGUUCUGGAUGAAGCACAUGUGGCUUUUGUGGGGGUGCCUCACCCCUCUGCUGGUACUGGGAAAGACUUUCUCUGCAUCUGGAAUACAAAUUUCCAGACGCUUCAAGCAGGAAAAGAGAUGGCGGGUAAAAUCUACGGACAGCUUUGGAGCUUUUCCAGCAAGUUAUUCAUUCCACAUGGGAAAACACUGUCUGUUAUUCCGUACGAGUGUCCCAAAUCUUCUCUGGCCUCUGCCCUUGGAAAACUGAAGCAGGCAAGGGCUGAAGAGUCCAGAAGUCCAGCCUCUGUACCAUCUUGGAAUAACAUUCUGCAUGGAGAGAAAGCUCAGCCUUCCAGAGCAAUGGAGACCAGGAAGACGAGAACAACACGUAAAACCACAUCAGCCCCUUGUUUAUCAACUGACCAAGUUCUGGAGCUCAUCAAAACAGCACCAGUAGAAGAGGUCCAGAAAGAGACGGAGGGGCUCCUUUCCAGGGCAGACAUCCAGGAUUUGCAGACCUCAGUGGGGCAGCUAACAUCAGCCCUGGUGUCACGGAGCCUGGCUGAGCCAUCCUUCUACACACCAAGCACCCUGGCACAGCUAGUGCGCACUCAGUCCCUCUGCCACAGUGUCUGCCCUGACCUUGUGCUGUUGGCCCUGGAGAAAAAGGAUUACUUCCUGUGCCAGCUGUGCUUGCAGUUCUUUCCUGACAUCCCAGAUGCAGUUACCUGUGCCUGUCUCAGAGCAUUUAUUAGCAUGCCAGAUAUUGAUGCUGAGAAAGUAAGCUUGGAGCCUGACAGCGUCGCCUUUAUGGAAAUGCUGAUGUCUAAGGACCAUGGCCAAGUUGGCGUACAAAACGGUUUUAGUCCCACCUCCUUACAGAAGGACUGCUCAGUCCUUAGCGAAGGUGAUGCUGUGAUAAAGACCAGCGAAGAAGACCCAGUGAAGACCUCCAGUCCACCUGAACAGAUCUGUCCAGUUGGAUUACAUAAAGCCGUCCUAUUAAAUGAAGUCCUGCAGACAGCGUACAGUGAAAAUUUCCUCCUCCCACACUUAAAAGACCUCUCAUCUCAACAUGUUAUUCUCUUCCUGCGGUACCUACAGUUCCUCUACCUAAAAUAUUCCCAAGAUGCUUUUCCACAGAUGCAUGGAUUGAGAUCACCAAGUUUGGUUGAGAUAAUGGAUUGGGUGUGUUUGCUGUUGGAUGCCCACUUCACAGUGCUAGUGAUGACUCCAGAGGCUAAAGGCUUACUUCUGAAUCUCCACAGAUUCGUUAAGUCUCAGGUGAGACUGUUUUCCGAGCUUGGAAAAAUUGAGGGCAGCCUCCAGGAGAUCAAUCAGAUGAAGGGAAACAAGGACAUCAGGCAGUACUCUAUCGAAAUCAUCGAGUUGUUUUAGAAUGUACACAAACUACUUUUAAUAAAACCUUGAGGAUGUUAUUUCCUUUCGACUUCAAAGUAGGGAUUUCAGUGUCAUACCCAUGUCCCAAUUAAUGACUCAUGCUUCUGGGCACAAAUACAAAUACAGUCCAUUGGAACUCAGUCUGCAUGGGUUUUAAUGUGUGUGAGCACAUUUUGAAGUAUUUAAGCAUUGAAUCCAUUCAGAUGUCACUGAACUGUACUUUAUUCUUGUUUAUGCUGUUGAAAAUGCAGCCACAAGAAUUGUUUGCAGAAAUAUAUGGUCUGCACAUUUGCUAAACUGGUUAAUAAUGGCUUGUAAAAUACAUGCAUACACCACUGAAUACAGUAGCAUGGUAUGGUUAGUAACAUUCAGAUGGGACUUGGUGUUUCAACCAUUAGCUGUUGUCUUUCUCAGCAUGCUACCAGAGUAGUUAGCUUAAUUUUUACUGGGUUUUCCAGAAGAAAAUGUUUUGUAAAAUAAAAAUGUAUAAUGAGAGAGAACUGAUAAUACACCUGUGACUGUUUUUAUUAAAAGAAGUUAC